AUGAACUGGUUCACCAUCGUGAUCGUUAAUCCGAUCCUCGGAACCGUCGGUAUCGUCGGCAACGUGCUCAACUGCGUUGUGUUGAAGAAAAGUGGCUUCAACAAGCCGUCCAACAUCUUCUUGUUCGGCCUGGCUGUCUCCGACGUGUUCGUCCUGCUGGGCGCCGUGGACGUUGUGAGCAUACUGACCCAGUUUCCGAAACGAAUCCCUCUGGGGUUCAGCUUUUGGGAAUUCGACUGCAGCGACGCGCGAAUGGCUGUGUUUUACUUAAAUGUGAAAAGGAUCGUCUACGCGUUCCAGAUCGUCGGCAUGAACAUCAGUCCGUGUUUCUGCGUGGUGAUAACCCUGGAGCGGCUGGUCGCCAUUUUCUUUCCUUUACAGUUUUCGAGGAUAAUCCGGCCGCGCAGAGCCUGGACCGUGGUUACCUGCUCCUUUCUGUUUUGGGCAGGAUUCGGGGCGGUUUUUGUAAACAGGUUCACGUUUGUGAUAGGAUACUGGGCCCAAUUCAGGUCGUGCGUUUGUAAAUACGCGCUGCUGCCGAACGACGCCGAGAAACUGUUUGAUAAGAUUGCCACUUGGUUCGUCUGGUACAUCGCGCUGGGCAUCAUCAUUCUGGGAUCCGUCGUUAUAUUCGCGAGGAUAAAAGUGUUCAGCCUGAAUCGCCGGAGAAUGACGUCAUCGAAAUCCGCGUCCAGCAGCCGCACCACGCGAACGCUGCUGGCCGUGUGCGUGGUAUUCAGCUGCACGCAGAUCGUCCGCUUUCCGUACGUCAUGUUCAAGCUCAGCUUCUCCGACUACGACACCCAAGGGAUGUACGUCUCCGCCAUGGCGCUCAUGUCGUACGUCAACAGCGCCUGCAACUUCGUCAUUUACAUCUUGCUGAACAAGAAGUUCAGGACGAUUCUC